GUCAGCAUCUCCUUCGGCACACAUACCACUUCUCAACUACGCCAAAACCAAACCACAGAACCAAUUUUUCCCACCAUUUCCCCGUAAGGAAAAAAAAAAAAAUAAAGAAAAAACAAAUUAUUUUUCACUUCCCAAACCGCUACCGGAGUUGCUUAAUCGGUUAUUCUCUCUCGAUGAUACUCAAGCUGCACCAUCAGAAUCUCGCUUCCUCCAGUUCUGUCAAUGCUCCAGUUAGAAACUAUUAUUUAAAUAGAAGAGUGGUAGUUUUGGAUCACCUCAUAUUUAGUCGAUGCUAUACAAGGAAGAGAAACCGUAUCAAGCUUUCACCGUUAGAGGUGGGAAAAUUUGAUUGUAGCCACAGAUUUUCCGAUUUUGGGAGACAUGGCAAAAAAAAUUGCAAAUCAAGAAAGAUGGACCACCUUUUGCCUUCUGCUUCUGCCGAUGAUGGGGUGACAGUCAAUGAGAGUCCCAAACCGAGUACCAGUGGUGAUAUUGAAGAAAUGAGAGCAAAACUUGCUCUCUCUCUGGAAAGUGAAGACAAUAGUUAUGGACUUGUCCAAGCACUGCAUGAUGCUGCAAGGGUAUUUGAGCUUGGAAUUAGACAACAGGUUUCAUUAUCAGGAAUGCCAUGGUUCUCUACUGCCUGGCUGGGUGUAGAUAAAACUGCUUGGGUGAAGGUGUUAUCGUAUCAGGCAUCUGUAUAUUCUCUACUUCAAGCAGCAAAUAAGGUUUCAUCUCGAGGAGAUGGAAGAGGCAGAGAUAUCAAUACUUUCAUCCAACGAAGUUUAUCAAAGCAGUCUGCUCCACUGGAGAGUGUGAUUAAUAACAAAUUAUUAACAAACCAACCUGAAGUUUUUGAGUGGUUUUGGUCUGAGCAAAUCCCAGCAGUGGUGAACACAUUUGUUAAUUACUUUCAGAAGGACAAAUGCUUUAUUGCCGCUACUGCAGUAAAAGGGUCGUCUUCUCCUGGCAAUACAUAUCAUGUGCAACUUCUCAUGCUUGCACUUAGUUGCAUUGAAGCAAUUACGAAACUUGGUCCAGCAAAAGUUUCUUGUCCACAAUUCUUCUCAAUUAUUCCUGAUACCUUGGGAAGAUUGAUGGAUAUGCUGAUUGAAAAUAUUCCUCUUCAACAAGCUUAUAAUUCAUUAAAGACUAUUGGUUUGCAUAGAGAAUUUCUUGUCCACUUUGGCCCUCGGGCUGCAGCAUGCAGAGCAAGAAAUGAACAAGGCACUGAAGAGGCUAUGUUUUGGGUGGAGCUUGUCCAGAAGCAGCUACAAAGAGCUAUAGAUCGGGAGAGAAUAUGGUCCAGGUUCACAACAUCUGAGAGUAUUGAGAUACUUGAGAAGGACUUGGCUAUAUUUGGGUUCUUUAUUGCCUUGGGGAGAACUACACAAUCGUUUCUUUCUGCAAAUGGGUUUGGUGCUAUGGACAAGCCUAUUGAAGGACUUGAGCCCAUUGAAGGGCUUGUCAGGUACCUAAUUGGAGGCAGUGUGCUCUAUUAUCCUCAGCUUUCUUCAAUAAGUUCUUAUCAACUGUAUGUAGAGGUUGUGUGUGAAGAGCUCGACUGGCUUCCUUUUUAUCCUGGAUUUAGCAGUAAUACCAAGUAUAAGUCCGAGCACAAAAGUAAUGAAGAAGUUCCCCCAAACGCUGAGGCUGUCCUCUUAGUGUUGGAUGUCUGCUCUUACUGGAUCCAGAGUUUCAUCAAAUACAGCAGAUGGCUGGUGAACCCUUCCAAUGUCAAGGCAGCUAGAUUUGUUUCAACAGCUCAUGACAUACUCCAGAAGUGUGUGGAAGAGCUGGGGAUAGAGAAGAGUCAUACUGGAGCUUAUUUACAGACUGAGAAAGAACCAGAUUCCUUUGACAAGGCAAUGGAGAGCGUUGAAGAAGCUCUAAUCAGGCUAGAGGGAUUGCUUCAGGAGUUGCAUGUAUCAAGCCCCGGUACUGGAAAGGCGCAUUUAAAAGCUGCUUGUUCUGACCUGGAAAGGAUACGGAAACUUAAGAAAGAGGCUGAAUUUCUUGAGGCAUCUUUCCAAGCAAAGGCAGCUUCUUUUGAGCAGGGGGAUGCUGCGGCUUGUUCUUCACCGUUAAUGAAUGAGUCAAGGCAAUAUUCUGGAGACGAGGACAGCAUGAAUACUAAUAAUAGAAGCACCAGGGCACGUGGAUUGUGGAGCUUCUUGGUACGUGAACCAAACAAAGCCUCUGAUGAUCCAUCAUCAACUGUCACAGGAAAUGAUGAUGAAAGCAUUAAACAGGCAGCAGAAAAUGCCGGAACACCUGUCUCAAAACCAGAUGAAAUUCAACGUUUUGAAAUUCUUCGAAGUGAGCUAGUGGAACUUGAGAGACGUGUUAAAAAAAGUGCCGAUCCCAAUGAAUGUGAAGAGGAGAAAUUUCAGAUGGCGGCAGAAAGUGCUCAAAUGGUUCGUGAAAAGAAGAAAGAAAACAUUAUUGAGAAAUCAUUGGACAAGCUAAAAGAGACCACCACGGAUGUUUGGCAGGGCACUCAGCUUCUUGCCAUUGAUGUUGCCGCAGCUACAGAGCUGCUUCGGAGGACUGUAAUAAGGGAUGAAUUGACGGAAAAAGAAAAACAAGCACUCAAAAGAACUUUAACUGAUUUAGCAUCUGUCAUUCCAAUUGGGUUUCUUAUGCUUCUUCCUGUUACAGCUGUUGGGCACGCUGCCAUGUUGGCUGCAAUUCAAAGAUACGUACCCGCACUCAUUCCCUCAACAUACGGGCCAGAAAGGCUAGCCCUCCUUCGGCAGCUCAAGAAAAUGAAAGAAAUGGAAGCUGAGGUUAACCCCAAAGAAACGGCUGAGGAAUAGUCUUCUAUUCUCCGGUUUACUACAAGCAUAUAUAAUCUUGCCUGUAAUGUACUGGGGAAUAGCUGCGGAAGAUGAUAUGAGUCUCGGACGACAAGUUUCGUGUUACCCAUAAAGCCCAGGUGUUCAAAGAUCUACUGAAAGCCUCUGUUAUAUUCAUACUCAUGUUUACAGCCUUGCCUUCCUGGAAAUAUAUGCCCCUGUGACAAGAGAAACACUUAAAUAUGAACUGGAUUUCUUAUUCUUAUUCUCAGAAUCUCACCUUAAUCUUAUCCAAGUUUUUGUUUCACUUUCUUA